CUUUUUUCUAUCUAAUCCUUUCCAAUCCACGUCCAAGUAAAAACAGCAAAGAAAAAAAAAAGAUGAACACUCCAAUAAAACUCACCUUUCUCAUUCUCUGCAUUGCCCUGACCGCAACCGCAUUCUUAGUCCCAGCCAAACGUGCCGACGUUACACCAGAACACGAAAAAACCGUCGCAGGAAUCUGCAACGUUGUCGAAGACAAAAAUCUUUGUAGCAUAACCUUGAAAACCGUCCCAAGCAAUGACCCCGCCUUCUUGGUCCGUUACUUAGCCACAGCCGCAGAAUCCUCUGUUAAAAAGGGCUUGAACUUCCUCUCCGAAAUCAAACCCAAGUACAAAGGAAACUCAUUCGCCACAAACUGCAUCACUGGUUGUGAGAAACAGCUAAACAACGCCUUGGAAGACUUUGCAGAUUUCUGGAAAGCCGCGGGAAAAAACAUAACCAGCAUGGCUGAUAAUUACUUCACAUGCAAGAAGAAGAUGACUUCGAUCUUCACGUACCACUCGACUUGUCUCGAUGACAUUUACGACAAAACGUUGUUGAAAGAGGUUCAAGGAGGGAUAGGGCUUGGGAAAAGAAUGAGUGGUGAGUCAGUGGAUGUGUUCGCUGGAAUGGACAAAGUCUUUAACACUUUAAACAUUAAGACCAAACUUAACCAGCAAGAUACCGAUUCGUUGCUCCCACCACCUUUGUCGUUUUACUACACUUGAUUUAUUUAUUAACAUACAUAUUCUUAUACAUAUAAAACAAAGACAAAUGUGCAUCGAUUGGGUUUUUCAGAUGUUUUAGGGAUCUUUUAAGGGUUCCUUUUUGACGUAUAUUUGUAAGUAAUAUGUUAUGGGUGAUAAUCAUGUAAGGACCUCGUGGUUGGAAAGGA